AAAACACACAGUCAUGCUGACCCAGCUUGAGAUGUUGUAUGAUAUAUAAACCCGAACACGACUCUGUUUGUUGUCUUUGACAUCAGCCUGUUGACCUUCAUCUCAAUCAGAAAGGAUGAAGUGCGUCUCCCUCUUCCUCAUGUUGUCGCUGGUUGUCCUCAUGGCCGAACCAGGAGAUGCUUUUAUUCACCACAUCUUCAAGGGACUUUUUAACGUUGGCAAGUCCAUCUAUAGGGCCGUCAAACAUAGACGGUGGGGAGACCAGCAGCAGCAGGACCAGCAGGACCAGCAGGAUCUGCGGGACCAGCAGGAUCUGCAGGAUCUGCAGGACCAGCAGCAGCAGCAGCAGCAAGAGCAACAAGAGCAAAUGGAUCGACGCUUCUUUAACCGGGAGCGGGCUGCUUUUGACUAAACUUCCAUCUGAAAGAGCCAUGCUAAAACUUGCGUUUAGAUGAAUAGAAAUGCUUUUGUUCUUCAGAAUUCAGAAUAAAACCAUGGCUUGAAAACAUUUUGCAGUGUAGUUUUCAAAAUUUUAAUUGAUUUGGGAAGAAAUGUCACUCAUUUUGAAUAAAUCUUCAAUGUAAUGCACCAAAA